GCAACCACCAUAGCCCAUGCCCAGCACGCCCAAUGUCUUUUGCCGGUGAUGGAUACCCACAACUAGUGUACGUCCAAUCUCCACUCGCAGCUUGUUCUCCAACGCAACAACCGGCCCAUUCCCCAUGCGCGGCCGCCUAUAAUUCCCCCCCACCCCCACCCCCGCCGAACAGGGCCGUCUACUGUUUGAGGCACCCACACAGUGAACUACGUCGGCGGUGAGGGAAGCUAGGCCCUGACCCCCGACGCCUGCAUGCGCAAACUGGUGGUGCGCCAUGCUGCAAUCGCCUACUUCGGAGCUGCAACCAUCUGUCCAGUGUGCUGGAACUAGUACUGGUGAAUGUGAACGGGCGUCCGGGGUUGCCGUGGUGGACGGUGGGCUGCAACGACGGCGAAUCGACGGCAACUGCGUCGUGCAACGCCGCGGUGCUACAACCCGUGGUUACAAAUGCUGGAACCGCGGCUUCCAGAUGCUGGAACCACGGCAGCAAAUGUUGGAAGCCCGCAGCUGCCAAUGGUGACCAUGUGGGGGCGCGAGGUGCUGCAACCUGUUUGCCAGAUGCUGCAACCACGACGAACAUUUGCUGCAACCGGGGCAGCCUAGAGCUGGAACCGGCAUCGAUAAUUUUUACAUGUCAUGCGAUGUGUUCGAACCCGACGCGCCUUGGCCGCUGACGGCAACCUUUUUUGUUGGAACCAGUAUGUGUUUUUGCUUAAACUAGCUAGUUGUUUUGCUACAAUCAUCCAUCGAGAGUUUUUUCUGCUGACUUUGGUUUGCUGGAAGCAGCUUUAUUUUUUGCUGGAACCUAGUACAUUUUUGCUUCAACCGAUAAAUGAAAGAUUUUUGUUGCUUUCAGAUUUUUGUUGCUGGGCACUUUUACCCGCGGUGAGCCAGAGACGCAGAGAUGCUGCAACCAGCCACCCGAGUGCUACCACAGGCAUCACUAGAAGCUGGAUCCAGCAAUUUGUUUUGCUACAACCAUCUUUUUUUUACUGGAAACAACUUCUAAUUUUGCUUCCAUCAUGUUCAGUUUUUGCUGGAUCUAGCUAUUGUUUCUGCUUCCACCAUGUUCUGUUUUUUCUGGAACAAAGCGCACAAGAUUUUUGCUACCAUCGGCUCUUUGCUCGACCGCCGUCGUCAUUGAUGCUGCAACCGGUGAUCUGCAGCGCCGGCGAGGAAUGGCCUUUUGUUUUUGCGGUCGGCGCACAUGAGCUUAACAUGGAUGCAACAAGGAGCGAUGAAAAAGUUGGGAGCCGGCGGCGACAUCGAUCGGUGGCCAACAGCGACGAGGGCGUCCGGCAGCGGCGACUGGCGACAAGGGCGGCCGGCAGCAGCGACCGGGGGUGAGGGCAGCGACAGGCGAGCGCACCAGGUGGUGCUUCGAGAUGGCGUCCCGAUGGAAGUUUUUUUUCUAAAAGACCAAGGCGCCUGAUGGCAGAAGAGGGGGGAAUUUCCUAUUCGACGCUCUCUGCGUCGAAAUGUCGAGGUAACGCACACAGCGACGAUACUAACCGAACGAAUGGGCCGGCCCAUCUAUAUAUAGCUAACGAGAAGAUCGCAUCUGGUUUUAGGAACUUUCUGGAAGGUUCCAGCCCAUGUUUCUAAUGGUUUUGGGAUUCUUCUAGCAGGUUCCUGAACCGAUUUUUGGACUGGUUUUCACGUUCCUUUUUAUUAUUAUUAUUUUUCGUUUUUCUUUUCCUUUUCUGUUUCUAUUCUUUUUUUCCUUUUCUGUUUCUAUAUUCUUUUUUUGUUUUUGUUUUAUUUUCUUUAUGAUUUUGUUCAAAAUUUCAGAACAUUUCAAAAUUUGUUCAAGAACUUCCAAAAAAUGAUUUCAUCUCAAAGAACGUUCACAAAUUUUGAAAAAUUGUUCGCAAUUUUUUUCGAAAAAUGUUAAUGUUUUCGAAUUUUGUUUGCGAGUUUCAAAAAAUGUUCCUAUUUCAAACUUUGUUAGCAAUUUUCAAGAUUUUAUUAUAUUUUUCAAUUUUUGUUCAGGAGUUUCAAAAAUUGUUCGCGAAUUUCCAAUAAUGUUCGUGUUUUAAUUUUUGUGGAGAGUUCCAAAAAAUGUUCAUAAUUUUUAAAAAAUGUUCGUGUUUCCAAAAAAAUUUGGGAGUUUAAUUUUUUUCCCAUUUUAAGAAAAAUGUUUGCUUAUCCAAAAAAUUUGUUUGGAAUUUGGAAAAUGUUUCAGUUUUCGAAAAAAAUAAUUUUCAAAAAAUGUUCUAGUUUUCAGAAAGUGUUCAUGUUUCCAAAUAUUGUUCUUCUCAAAUUUGUUCUACAGAUUCAGAAAAUGUUCCCGUUUUCAUUUUUUUCGUGUUUCCAAAAAUUGUUCCUGUUUUCGAAAGUUGUUCGCAAAUUUCAUAAAAUGUUUCUGUUUCCAAAAAAAAUUCACGUUUUUAAAUUUGUUCUGCAGUUUCAAAAAAUCUACGUGUGUUAAAUGUUUUUGGUAUUUCCGAAAUUGUUCUUGUUUUAGAAAUUGUUUGCAAAUUUCAUUAUUUUACUUUUUUCUAUUUUUUCUGGAAUUUUGAGCAAAAAAUGGAAAACACGAAAAAAGGAAAAAAAAUUGGAUCUUCGUUGUUUUUGGUUCUUACAAUGUUGCGCUAUAAAUGUAGAAUUUUUGUCCAAUAGGACCGGCUACUGAGUCGAAUUGACGAAAAAGACUACCUUCGAAAACAAUUGACAGAAGAGACCGGCUCGGCCGUGACGGCAGGCGCGCCAGCCGACACAUGGCACCUGCCCUGCCGGCAGCAAGCGGCAACCUUGGAAUUACUGGAAACCGGGCAAGGCUAGCUGCUGCAAUGGAACAACAUGUGUUUGAUGGGCCCUGCCGCCACACACCGUGGCGGCAAGUCUCCAGCAGUAGCUGCUCUUUGUUCUUCCUGUGUUGUUAGCAAGUGUGAAAUAGGCAUGUUUGACUGAGAUUUGAAUCAAUUUAAAAGUCGAUUUUGAAGAUGCUACAGUUGAAGAAAAGAUAGAUCAAGGUAAGAUGUUUCCAUUUUUGUGUUUUCCGCUCACAUUCACGGUGGUUUUGUACUGUAUGAUUAGUCUCUAACUUUGUAUUCUUUGCUGUAUUUGGCAUUUGAUAAUAAUUUUUUGUAGUGUUUUGGAGCAUUUGGAAAGUACAAAACGUUCGUGUAUGUAAGCGAAAAACAUAAAAAUGGAUAGAUCUUAACAUACACGAACGUUUUGUACAUACACAAACGUUCAUAUGAGUGCCUGCUGUGCAGCUAAUUUUCCAUGAACGUUUGGGGUUUAGGGUUUAGGGUUCUGUACAUACAUGAACGUUCAUAUGAGUGCAGACGGCAAAGUUUCUGAUUCCUGUAGUAACGGUAACAGUUACUGACUGUAAAUCUAUUUUGGCUCGUGAUAUUGAAAAUAGAGUAUUGUCAGUGGUUCCAACUACUGUUCUCUUAGAUACUCACAUGGAAAAGCUUUUCUUAAUUCUAGAUCCCAUUGCCGAUGCGGUUCCUUGGCCAAUCUCGAGAGUGGAUAGUUCUAAAUGUUAACAACUUCCUUUCCCGAUGUCUACUUACAGUUUCAUAUUUUGCCAUCAUACUUAAAAGGUUGCACGAUAUUUUGCGGGACUAGACUCUCCAACAUUAUUUGGGUGACAAAGCAUGGGGCAUGAUACUCUCAAUGUUGGCCACAAAAUCAAGCCUGUAAUGCUCCUUCUUUCCUGACUUGCAGUUACACAAGCACUGCGCUUUGAAUUUCUAAGGGCACACACACACACGAUGCAAAGUGUAUUCAAGUGAGUCUCAAAAUAGAGUAGAUCUAGUGAUGAUGAUUUUUUUACAACUCAUUCUCUCAAAUGAAAAGUCCCUCUACAUAUGCUUCAUGGAAAAUUAGCUGCACAACAGGCACUCAUAUGAACAUUUGUGUUCUCAAAUGCAAUAGGCAUUUUCUCUAACAUACACGAACGUUUUGUAUAUACACGCAGCACGCAGCCAGGUUCCUCCCGAAGAGGGGAGUAUCGUGUGGCUGCGUGCUGGUACGACCGGCCCAAAGUUGGGCCGGCGCGCCCGCUCGUAGUAGUGUCUUUUUGGAAGGAAAAAAUAUUUUUGUUCGCUGAGAGAAACUAAUAACUCGGAGAAACUCGACCCUGCCUUAACCAUAGCCUGUACAGAUCGCAACGCCAACCGCCGACCCGAGAGGCCGAUCAGAAUUGGAGACCCCAAGCCAAUCUCCGCCUCCCCCUAAACCGAAAGAAAAACAAUGUCCGCCAUGCCGCGCCUGGAGACGCAGACGAAGCCCGGCGUCCCUUCGGUAGCUGGCUGCGGUGCGGCCGCCUCCCGCGGCCGACGUCGCCACCGAUCUCCUAGUCCCCCUCUCCAUCGCCACAACGAAGCUGAUGGCGCAGACCAUGGGGUAUCAAAUUUAAGCGAAUCGGAGGGUUCCAGGACCGACAGCAGGCACCGACGCCGCCGUAAGGGACGUGGACGCAGCAGUAGUGGCAAGAGAAGCCGUCGCGGUCGAUCGCGUGGCAGCAGUAGCGACAGCGAUGUUGACUCGGAGACCUCCUACGAGAGCAGGAAGAGAUCAAGGAGAAGCAGCAACAAUCGCUCGAGUGGGAAGAAAAUCAAGGGAUCCGAUUUCGGCGGCUCCGGUAAACACGGCCGCGCCGCCAAGGGCAAUGCCAAGGCCGGCGAUGAGAAGAAGGACGCGAUCGAGUUUAAGAAUAUGUCCGCGUCGAGGAAGCAGCAGCCGGCUCCGGACGACGUCCCGGGGCCGCUACCGUUGCCCCGCGUCGACGUCGAUGUCCAGGUCAAGUACGGCGGCGCGCUCCGGCCGGGGGAGGGCGACGCCAUGGCGCAGUUCGUGCAGCAGGGGAAGCGGAUCCCGCGGCGCGGCGAGGUGGGCCUGUCCGCCGAGGAGAUCCAGAGGUUCGAGGAGGCCGGGUACGUGAUGAGCUGGAGCAGGCACUCGAGGAUCACCGCCGUGCGCCUCCGGAAGGAGAACCAGGUGUACAGCGCCGAGGAGAAGCGCGCGCUCGCGACCUUCAACUACGAGCAGAGGGCGAUGCGGGAGAGCAAGGUCAGGGACAACCUCAGGCGCCUCGUGGACAAGACGCUCGGCAAACUCGCCGAGACAGAGCAUGACCCCUUCGCCAUGCCUCCUUCACGUUAGGUAGCAAUCGAGUAGCAACAAUUUGGUCGACUUCAAUCAAAUUCAAAAAUAAAAACAAUUUGAUUGACUUCGCUGCACAUCUUGGCCUUAAACGUAGUAUCUGUAAAGUCUGCAUUAUGUCAUACAUGCUUUUAGUGUCUGCAUAAAUCAUCGUCAGGUAUUGAGCAUCUUUGUUUCAGUGUUUGGUGCAUAACAUAGCUUCACGUUCGUUGGUUGGUGAAUUACCAU